CCAAGGAUAUCGUUCGUGUCGUCGAGGAACAACGUACAGGACGACGACAGUGGUGGCAAUUCCGAGAAUGCCGCUCCGUCAGAUGAGGUGCCCACAGCCGCUGAAUCGCAGGCUGAUGAGCAUGAGCUGGUGAAGGAAGACGAAGAGUCGCCGCCGAAAACUCCCGUCUCCUCGUCACUGCCACCAUCCGGAUCGGCUAGCCCCAGUAUGGGCACUCCAUCGAUGCCAUCACCAAGUGUGAACUGGAGCGCUCGACGAGAAGGAAAGCUGGCGUGUCCGACGCCGGGCUGUGACGGCAGCGGCCAUCAGACCGGUCUCUACACCCACCACCGAAGUCUAUCCGGCUGCCCACGACGCCCCGACAAGUCGACCAUUCAGAUGCUCGCCCUGCAACAGGAUACGGUACUCAGAUGUACGACACCUGGUUGUACUGGGAAAGGUCAUGUGAACAGUAAUCGCACCUCACAUCGAAGUCUUUCCGGAUGUCCGAUCCUAUACAGCAGAAACUCAGCCGAAAAGGCGCUCCGCCUCCACCACGCAUGCGAAGUCCUCAUGGACCAGGAAGAAUCACCGUUGGAUCUCACUUUACGCAAUUUAGAACAACAGCAUAUGACACCUAUGCCGCUAAUGCCACAAUCCAUGAUGGAAGCGCUGGUCCAGCUCACUGCCUCAGCCGCAGCGGCUCGUGCAGCUGACCACCCUCCACCAAUCUCACCCGCCAAGCCCUCUACCGCCACCAGCAGCUCACCGUCGUCGCCAACUACCGCCUCAACAGUCGUAACAUCCAUGGCAUCGUCUGCACUUACACUGCCGGUCAGUCUAGCGGCUGAAAAUGUAACCCAACCAUCACCGGCUGCCACGACCACCACCAAUGCGGCCACAGCCAUGGCUAAUCAACCGUUUCUACUGCCCGAGGGACUUAUGCCUCCUAAACCCCAUGUUUUCCCGUAUCCACCAAUGUUCAAUCAACAAAUGCUGGCUCAACUUUUCCUCGCUCAACUACAAGGCCAAAAAGGCGCCUUCAUCUAG